UCUCGUCCCCACGUCGUUGUGUUCUAUUUUCUCAGGGCUCUGACGAACUUAUUCUAGGGUUUUACUGUAAACCCUCUUAAGUCAUGGCCGAAGCAACUGCAAAGGAAGCUGAGGAGGUCAACACUGCUGCCACCGUAGACAUGGAAGUUGAGAACACUGAAUCGCCUCAAAACGCGGGGGACAAAGGCGGCUCUGAAUCCGAUGGCACAGAUCCCGUGACAAACGGCGAGUCCAACCUCAAGCGGGACAGGGAAGAGGAUGAGUCCCAGGAAGACGACGAUGGAGUUUCCAAGAAGCCAAAAAUGGAAAAAUCAGUCGAAGAAGAAAGGUUGGAGAAGUUGGAAGGUGUCGAGGAGGAGGAGAAAUCGGGUCCUGUGAACCUGGGUUACAAGACUUUUGGGUCUUCCGUUGAAAUAUUUGACUACUUCUACAAGUUUCUUCAUCACUGGCCUCCUCAUCUGAAUGUUAACAAGUAUGAACAUACAAUGCUGCUGGAAUUGCUUAAGAAGGGCCAUUCAGAACCAGAUAAGAAGAUUGGUGCAGGGGUCCGCACUUUCCAAGUCCGUAACCAUCCUACAUGGAAAAGCAGGUGCUUCUUCCUCAUCAGGGAGGAUGACUCCGUUGAUGAUUUCAGCUUCCGGAAGUGCGUAGAUCAUAUACUUCCGUUGCCGGAAGAGAUGCAACUGAAGUCUCAUGUGAACAAGAUGUUAGGUGGUGGAGGAGGAAAGGGACGCAGAGGAAGAGGUGGUGGGAAAGGAGGCGGCCGGGGACAUGGCAAGGGAGGGAAGUUUAGGCGCUGAGUUGAAUAGAUGGUAGUCGGAAUUGGUUUCCAAGAGUUGAAAUGUUUGCUAUAUUUCCAGCUUGUUUCGUUUUUCCUUCUGAUCUCUUUGUUGACUUUCGUAGUUACGCAACUUAAAUCCCUGCCCUUUGCAAUUUGA